UGGCUGUUUAACAUAUUAAACAUUUUACUUUAACUUUACCGGAAGUCUCACUUUCCACCCGGAAGUAGUCAACCGAAAGCCGAGAAAAACAAUUGGAGGCAAAAUAUCAAUGGGGGUCACUUGUGUGUGCCAGGUGCCUGUGGCGGAGGGGAAGAGUGUGCAGCAGACAGUGGAUAUCCUGCACAAGAAGCUGGAGCAGCUGGGUGCUGUGAAGCAGGGCAGCUUCUGUGUAGACUGCGAGACAUAUCAUGCAACAAAUGUCAGCGGUCAGCCCUCCAAGCUCUUAUAUGUGAUGCACAACUCUGAAACACCACUGAGCUGCAUGGCUCUGUUUGAAGGCGGACCCUGCCUGAUAGCCGACGCAAACUUUGACGUUCUCAUGGUGAAGCUAAAGAGUCACUUCCAAAAUGCCAAGGGCCACAAGGUGGAGUGUCGUGGUUCUAGAUAUCGUUACUGUGACUUCUUGAUAAAAGUUGGUACUGUGACGAUGAGCUCCAGUGCCAGAGGGAUAUCAGUGGAGGUGGAAUACUGUCCCUGUGUGGUUCCAGGGGACUGCUGGAAUCUCAUCAAGGAGUUCAUGCAGUCCUUCCUUGGCCCCAGCGUCCCUGAACUGCCGUCUGUGUUUGCUGCCAAGCCUGAAGGACUCUUUGCUCCAUCAGACUGCGUUGACACCAUGACUCAGUACCUGGAGUUGUUCAACAAACUCCGUAAACUGCAAAUCCCAGGAAGUAACGUGCGUUGAGUUGUCAGUGGCAAUGGAAAGAACUAUUUUGUUUAUGUUUGUGUUGUUGUUGCUUUACUUCUGGUCCUAUGGAGCAGCAUGUUAUCCUGGCAUUUUUCAAAGCCUGUGUUUUUUUAUUCCCAUUUGUGGA